AUGUCCAGGGAAAAGAAAUUUGGAUAGCCAGGGAGUGAAAACCCCACCAAUCUUAAACAAGACCUCUGUGCUUCUUCCCCAGCAACACAAAUGUCCUGCCAGAUUCCUCCUGGAAAAAAACUUCUGCUGCUGUCCCCCUCCAGGUCCCAGGUUGCCCAUGUCCAGGAAAAGAUGGAUGCCCCUAUCCAAAUCUUCUCCGUGGUGUGUGUGGGUGGAGGAGUGGACCCUGGUCCAGGCAGGGGCUCCAGGGAAGAGAAGGCGUCACUUCCGGGGGCCUUCACCAGUGUCUGGUGGCUCCCUUCUCUGAUUGGGCAGAAGUGGCCCAGGCAGGCGUAUGACCUGCUGCUGUGGAGGGGCUGUGCCCCACCGCCACAUGUCUUCCUACCCAUCUGCUCCCCAGAGGGCUGCCUGCUGUGCACUUGGGUCCUGGAGCCCUUCUCCACCCGGAUAGAUUCCUCAUCCUUGGCCCGCCUUUGCCCCACCCUACUCUGCCCAGAAGUGCAAGAGCCCAAGCCGCCUCCAUGGCCCCAGGAAGGAUUCAGGGGAGAGGCCCCAAACAGGGAGCCACGCCAGCCAGACACCCCGGCCAGAAUGGAGCUGACUGAAUUGCUCCUCGUGGUCAUGCUUCUCCUAACUGCAAGGCUAACGCUGUCCAGCCCGGCUCCUCCUGCUUGUGACCUCCGAGUCCUCAGUAAACUGCUUCGUGACUCCCAUGUCCUUCACAGCAGACUGAGCCAGUGCCCAGAGGUUCACCCUUUGCCUACACCUGUCCUGCUGCCUGCUGUGGACUUUAGCUUGGGAGAAUGGAAAACCCAGAUGGAGGAGACCAAGGCACAGGACAUUCUGGGAGCAGUGACCCUUCUGCUGGAGGGAGUGAUGGCAGCACGGGGACAACUGGGACCCACUUGCCUCUCAUCCCUCCUGGGGCAGCUUUCUGGACAGGUCCGUCUCCUCCUUGGGGCCCUGCAGAGCCUCCUUGGAACCCAGCUUCCUCCACAGGGCAGGACCACAGCUCACAAGGAUCCCAAUGCCAUCUUCCUGAGCUUCCAACACCUGCUCCGAGGAAAGGUGCGUUUCCUGAUGCUUGUAGGAGGGUCCACCCUCUGCGUCAGGCGGGCCCCACCCACCACAGCUGUCCCCAGCAGAACCUCUCUAGUCCUCACACUGAACGAGCUCCCAAACAGGACUUCUGGAUUGUUGGAGACAAACUUCACUGCCUCAGCCAGAACUACUGGCUCUGGGCUUCUGAAGUGGCAGCAGGGAUUCAGAGCCAAGAUUCCUGGUCUGCUGAACCAAACCUCCAGGUCCCUGGACCAAAUCCCCGGAUACCUGAACAGGAUACACGAACUCUUGAAUGGAACUCGUGGACUCUUUCCUGGACCCUCACGCAGGACCCUAGGAGCCCCGGACAUUUCCUCAGGAACAUCAGACACAGGCUCCCUGCCACCCAACCUCCAGCCUGGAUAUUCUCCUUCCCCAACCCAUCCUCCUACUGGACAGUAUACGCUCUUCCCUCUUCCACCCACCUUGCCCACCCCUGUGGUCCAGCUCCACCCCCUGCUUCCUGACCCUUCUGCUCCAACGCCCACCCCUACCAGCCCUCUUCUAAACACAUCCUACACCCACUCCCAGAAUCUGUCUCAGGAAGGGUAAGGUUCUCAGACACUGCCGACAUCAGCAUUGUCUCAUGUACAGCUCCCUUCCCUGCAGGGCGCCCCUGGGAGACAACUGGACAAGAUUUCCUACUUUCUCCUGAAACCCAAAGCCCUGGUAAAAGGGAUACACAGGACUGAAAA